GUAUGUGUGUGAUAUUAACAAGUGGCUGUUGCAAGCUCAGUUAGUAUGCGCGACGCAAAUCGUUUGAAGAGCCUAACAAAGUUCAUAAACGUGCUUUAAAAAGCACGUUAAUUUAUUGCAAAAAUAAUGUAACGUAUAGAUAAUAUUAUUUCAAGAGAUAUGGACCCAGAGAGUAUAGGAAAAGAAACAAUUGUAAAAGUAACCGAUUGGUUACGCGGAAUGUGGGAAAUGAGACGUCGUAAUAGCCCGGUUCAACAAUGGGUUGACUCAAUACCCUUGCCUUUAAAAUCAAAUCUACCUGUUACGAUAGACGUUAAGCCUAGCACUUCUGCAACACCAACGCCAGCUAAAGACAUUCCACUUUUGAAAGGCAAUUAUUCAAAGAUUCCAACAAUGACUGUAUCAGCUCCUAUCAACGUUCCUAGCACACCAGCAAUCAAUAAUAUGUGUAGAAUACCUAGUUCUCUUCCUCAUGCUAGACUUGCACGAGAUCAGAGUUUUCAAUCGGACAGUAGCCAUUGCAGUAGUAUAGAAAGUUUGUUAGAGCUGAGAAAAGCAGAUCCUGAGGCUGUUUUAUUUAGUCUUGGAUUCGGCGGUUGUUCCAAUAGUCCUCAAGAAAGCGGCCCGUUGUCUCGUAUACCUAAAAGGUUCUUACAGCCAUCUAAAUUAAAAGGAAUUGCUAUUAAUGACUUUGUUAAACAACAACAAGAAACAAGUGAAUCUUUUGAUUCCGUAUCUUUAGGAUAUAGGGGUCUAACAGGUUCGCCAUAUGUAGCACCAUCUGAAAUAGUCCAGAAAAUCAUGGAACGAUUGCGCGAACAUGAGUCACAUGAAAUGGAUGCAUGUGCAAUAUAUAAUGCUUAUGAACAAUCCAACAAAAUGUAUCCGCAACCUAAACAUUCCGUAUUAUCGCCAGACAACAGACAAUUUUUGGAGCAGCCACGUUCAAAAAGCCCUGACAUGCGCAAUAAGCGUAUGAUUAUUGGACAAAAGUCUUUUGCUUUUGGACACAAUGGAGAUUUAAUUGAGAUAUGCUUACCAAAUACAAAAGAAAUAUCACACAAAAAAGAGGAUAAUUAUUGUACUAUUAGCGAUAUUUCUAAAUUAAGAGAAUUAAAGGGAAUUCAUAUGAAGACAGAAAAAUCAUCCAUUAAAAAAUUAGAUGAUGAAUCUAUUAAAAGAAAAUUACUCGAUGAAUUUAACGGUAGUACUGAAUCUUAUGAAACUGACGAAUCACUGUUGCAACCAAGUAAUUACUUCAAUGACCAAAUAAAUGUUAAUAUGAAAUGUAAAGUAGAAGAUAAAGAAAAGUCCAAAUCAACAGCUACUAUAACUGAAAACGAUGAUAAAAUUCCUUUUAAAUAUGUUGGUAUUCGACGUGCUAGCGAAGGAUUCGAUGAAGUUAAUUUAGGAGAGAAUAAUUUCAUUCCGGAUGGUAGAAGAUUUAGUGAUAGUAUAAUCAUUAAAAAUCAAAUUAAUGAAGGCCUAUUAAAUAGAAGAAAAAGUUUGAAACGUCAAGCAAGAGUAAACGAGUUCGAUGUCGAUAAUUUCUACAGUUCCAGUCCAAUAGUAUUUAAAGAUAAAAUCGUACAAGAUAAAAAAUCUGAAUCUGACUUGACACCCGACUUAUAUGCAACAUCCAAAAAGAUAACAAACAUUCAAGAAAUAAAUUUAGAAUCUACACAAGAAGUCGAGUGUUUGAGUAAAGAAAAAGUCAACGAAACUUAUGGUCCAUUUAAAAGUUACAAAUACGCCCCAAGUAUAAGCACAAAUACGUCUAGUACAUCAUUAUCUACAACGAGUGUAUUAAAACCGACAAAAGGUACUAAAUGUUGUAAAAAAAAAAAUCAAGUUUGCGAUUGCAAAGAAAAGUUAGAUACAAUUUAUAAAGCCGAAGACAUGCACGGGGAAUGUUACUGUCAAUUCGAUGACAAUAAAUGUUGGGAGAAGGUAGAAAAAAUAAUGCAAGAAAAUAAAAAAUUAGAGGAUAUCGUAGCUAAGAGCAGAAUAGAAAUGGCAGAAAUCCGUGACAUGUUAAAUAGCGUUUUAUCCGUUAGAAUGGAACCUGGUUUUUGAUUGAUAUAGAAUCAUCGGAAAAGUUACUUAAAUGAAUUUUCAGAAAGUAUUAAUGAUUUAAUAGAUACUAUUUACUUAACUGAAUUAAAAACAACAAAUAAUAUAUAUUCUAGGAGAAGUUAUCUAAGAUAAUUUUUAAACGCUUUUUCUAAAUACUUUUUAAAAAUCUUUUACUCUCUCUUAUAUAUAUAAAAUAAUAGAAAUAUAGGAGCCUACAAUCUAAUAAAGAAAUAACUAAGAAAACAUUAAUUUGCUAAAAAAAAUCAGUUAAAAUGCCAGCAAAAACCGCAAUAAAAAGAAAUCUCAAUAUAUAGAAAAAUAUUAUAAGUCUACAGUGGGUGAUUAGUUAAAAAACAGUUUGGACUGUGAAUAAAUCGGAUAACAAACACAUGUUCUGAUAACGAACGACUUCACAGAACAAACACAAGAAGAUUGGUUAGCGAAUAUUAUCUUUGAACAGAUUAUGUUCGUUAACCGUUCACCUACUGUAUUAAAUUAGUUUACUUUUAUGUGUAUAAAUCUAUAUACAUACAUAUUAUGUAUAUAUUUACAUAAAUAUCUUUUAAAAGAAAAAAGAUAUUUUCUCGGUAUUGAUUAGAAUACAAACACAAUAUGCAGCAGUGUUUUAUUUUUUAAAACGUAAUUAUUUUUUAAUACGGGACUGUGGAUAAAUACAAAAAGAUAUACACUGCUUUAUAUUAUCUAAUAUUUUGGAAAUAUGCAUAUUGUUAAAUUGUUUUGUAAAGUCAGGAUUUUAAAGUGACAAACAUGUCGAUAUAUAAACAUUUCUAUUUAAAUAUUUUUA